AUGAAUAAUUCGCUUGAUAGGAGGGAGAGGACUUUGUUUGUAUCGAUGAUACACAAGUCGAUCACAGAUGACGACUUGUACGAACUUUUGAGCCAGGCCGGUCCUGUGGAGAAGGUCGUGUUCAGACAGAACGAAGACGGCACGCUUCUGCACGCCGUUGUCACCUUCAGAAACGUCGAGUCUGUGGUGUUCUCUAUGGUUCACCUUUCUCCGAUUGUGCAGAACUCCGGCUUGAUACAAAUUCGUCCACUACGAAAGCUUUCGUCAUCUGGACCACCUGAAGUAACAUGCGUCGGUCGUUAUUCUCGUUCACACUCGGUGAUCUCGAAAUUCUAUCCUUCACAAGGCUUCUUUCUCUCCCAGAAGCUACCGGUUAACUGUAAUUCAUCUGCUGUUCAUAUAGGGUCGUAUAAUAUCUUACUUAAACGUCCAUCAACACAUCUCUUUCGUUCUCACAGAGGAAAAUGCUCGAAAAUUUGUUGCACAAAGACGUGA